AUUCGUUUGGCGCCCGAAUAAUAAAUACUGGAAUACAGAGCACCAACCAAAAACGACACCGCAACCUGCGUCUCUCAGACUUAUCCUUUUCUCUUCCUGCAUCAUCAUUGUACAGAUAUACUUGAACAAAAAAAAUAUAGAUACAGAUUGUCCAAGAGCACGGCUUGCAAUACAAAGUACUACUACUUCUUGUUGACAAGUGCUUUGAUUUUAGUAUUGCAUUAAAACUGUGUUAUAUAUUGUUCUGGCUUUGCGGGGAAGGGGGGAAUGGAGAUCAUGUUAGAGGCAAAAGAUGCAGGGGAUUGGGCUUAUAGGGGAGAAGGGGCUGCUAAUCUUGUUCUUGCUUACACGGGUUCCUUCCCUCCUUUUGUUGGGAAAGUAUUGCGUGUAAGGAAGAUAACCAGAAAUGGAGCUGAAUAUGAUAAUGGAUUCUCAGGCCUAAGCAAGCAUGAAUGCUUACUUUGGGAUGAACUUGCAUCAGCCCCAUCUAGAGAAAUGGCUGAGCACCUGUACGUAAAGAAUGUUAUGAGCCCUCUGCUAGGUUCCAAUAAUGUUGAUGCUGGGGUCCGAGUCCUUGUGGGCAAGGAAUUUUUGGAGUCUGUUGAAAGUAAUGUUCUUUCUGAGCGUCCUUCAUGGCGAGUCAAUGAUGCAAAGACCAACACUGAAUGUGUUUCUGCUCUUCUUCUUUCUGAUCUCUCACUUUUUCCUGGCAGUGUUUUUAAUAAAGAAUUCUGCAUAACUGUUGAGAUAAAGCCCAAGUGUGGAUUUCUGCCAGUUUCAGAUUUAAUAGCUGACGAAAACUCUGUUAAGAAGAGCAUAAGUCGGUUUCAAAUGCAUCAGGCCCUGAAAUUCCAUCAGGGGAAGAUAUCAGAACUAAGCAAAUAUGAUCCAUUGGAUCUGUUCUCUAAAUCCAUAGAGAGAGUGAAUAAAGCUUUGACAGACCUUUAUCUUACACCUCAAAACAAUUUUCGGGUAUUUUUGAAUGGUUCCCUCGUAUAUGGGGGCUUAGGUGGUGUCCCAAGUAGCAAUAAUCAUCUGACUGGAGAAACAUUUGAAGAAUUACUGAAAUGUGUGAUUCAAUCAGACGAUGGCAGUCGUACAACAAAGUUCCUAGAGCUUAUUGCUGAGACAGUUUUCAGAUCACGACUUUUAGAUAGGCUCCUUAAAGCCCAGAUGCUUGAUACGCUUGACAUCGAAGGGGCAAUUCAUGCAUAUUAUAAUGCUGUUUCCCAGUCUUGCAAAGUAUGCAGUAAAUUUCGGCAAGUUGAAGAGAAACUGGCUGAAAGAUAUGCAGGUAUUCAUUCUGAUCCAUUUAGUAAGAGCUUGAAGGUUGUAAAGGACUAUCUAAUUGCUGCAACUGCGAAGGACUUGAGUAUGAUGAUUAGCUUAAGACCCACUGAUAAAGGAGACCUGGAAUCUUUGGAUGAUACUGUUAUACUAAAAUCAACCAGACAAAGCUUUAAAUACAAGGCAUCUUUUCUUGACCUGGAUAGAAAACCUUUGAAGAAGAUGGAAUACUAUUAUGAGUUGGACCAAAAAAUAGUUCGCUCUUAUUCUCAGAUUUCGAAAACGACGCAUCAUCCAGUUUUGGGAGCUUGAUAGGAAAGAGUCAGAUGGUCCCUUCGAAACAAUGAACCAGUCAAGUACAGUAAUGUGUUCAACAUCUGUAAUUUUGGGAGCUUGAUAGGAAAGAGUCAGAUGGUCUCUUCGACACAAUGAACCAGCCAAGUACAGUAAUGUGUUCAACAUUUAAAGUGCAAUGAGGUGUAUAACAUUUGCUUAAAGGCACAGAUCACUGUGUAGUCUUGCAGACUUGUGAACAUUAUACCUAGGUCUUCGUUCACUGUACAACUUGUAUUCCAAAUUAUCUGGGUUAUACAAUAAUAAUAGUCACCAUAAUAGUUUUAUAUA